UAGGUCCUUUCCGCCUUGUAUCACAGGGGUUACAGCUCUCACAUCGAAGGCGAGAGGUUUUGCAACGAGGUUGCUGACGACCCCACGUCCGUUGCCGAGAGACGAAAGGAAAAGAAGGACCAGAGCAAAAUGUCUCUGGAGGAGAAAUCGGCAGGUGGCGCCGCUUCUGUUGAGGCGGACGAUGGCGGUGGGGGCGAGGAGAGCAGCGCCAUUGCCGCGGGCAUUCGGAGGGACGUCAAGCCGUGGCUGAACCUGGUGGACGACCUGUCUAACCUCACGAGAGAUGCCGAAAUCAGCGUCCCGCAGAUUUGCGUGAUGGGGGACCAGAGCAGCGGGAAGUCGAGCGUGCUCGAGGCGCUCGCCGGGGUGCCGUUCCCGCGGGGGUCUGGCCUCGUCACCCGUUGCCCCAUCCGCCUCAGCAUGAAGCGCUCGGCGACCGGGUCCCGGUGGAGCGCCGUGGCGCACGCCUCCAACGAGCCUUCCAAGUCGCACUCGGCGUCUACCCCUGGUCAGCUCACCAAGCUGCUGGAGCGGUUGACGGACGGGCUCACGUCGACCUCCAGCAACUUCUCCACCGAGACGAUCAACGUACGCCUGUCCUCCCCGGACGUGCCCGACCUCACCGUGGUGGACCUGCCGGGAAUCAUCCGGACGUCCACGGCCGGCCAAGACCCGGCGGUCAUCGCGCAGGUGAACAACCUGAUCGAGUCGUUCCUGGAGCAAGCCCGAACCAUCAUCCUCUGCGUCAUCCCUGCGAACCAGGACAUUGCCACAGUCGACAUCUUGGAGAGGGCCCAGAAGGUCGACCCGCGGGGGGAGCGCACGAUCGGGGUGCUGACCAAGCCGGACCUGAUCGGUCCGGGCAACGAGGACGAGGUCCUGGCGGUGCUGCACAACGUCAGGAAGCCCCUCCAACUCGGCUACGUGAUGGUCAAGAACAGAUCGCAGGCGCAACUCAAGGCGGGUCUUACCGGGACGGAGGCUCGAGAGGCGGAGGAGGCGUUUUUCCGUCAGCACUCUCACUUCAAGGGCUGCGACCCCAAGCUCUUCGGGGUGGCAAACUUGACCACCAGGCUGACUCAGCUCCUGGUGACGCGAAUCCAGCACGAGCUGGUGCCGAUGAAGGCGGACGUGGAGACCGCUCUGGCCAGCGUGCGAACGGAGCUCAAGGGUCUCAGCAGCUACGGCAAUGCCUCCACGCCCGGCGACCGGCAGAAGCUUCUCGUCACCGUAACACAGGAGUACGUGCGUCACCUGAACUCGGUGGUCCAGGGGGAGUAUCGGGACCGCGUCAUCGUCGUGCACCCGCAGCUGAGGCUGUACACGAGGGCUCUCGGGGUGUUCGACGCUCUCAAGGGGAAGGUGGAGAUGACCGCUCCGCGCUUCAAUGACGAAGAUUUCGUGGAGCAGCUGGCGAGCCAGAUGGACGCGCUGAGAGGGCGGGAGCUGCCGGGCUUCAUGUCGGCGCAGUCGUUCUACAUGUUCAUGGCGCAGUACGUCGAGGCGUGGAGAGACCCGGCGCGCGUCGCGGCCACCGAGGUGCGAAGCCUGAGCCUGGAGGUGGCCACCAAGCUCCUCGACGUGUUGGUCGUGCAGUACCCGGCGCUGAGGGAGGCGGUGAGGUCGGUGGCCGGGGUGGUGAUGGAGACGGCCUAUGAGUCGGCGCUUGAGGAGGUGGACGAUCUCCUGGCCAAGGAGAAGGACCCCUUCACCAUCAACGACUUCCUGGAACAGCACAUCAACAAGCUGCGGUACGACCGUUUCGAGCAGGCUGUGCAGCAGUCGUUCGAGGCCGUCAAGCCUAACCACGAGAGCUGGAUCGGGGCGAAGGAGGAGGCCGGCAGCUUCCUCAGGCAGUGGUACCGGACCACACACGGGGUGAACAGCUUCAGCAACGCCGAGGACAUGUCGGCGAUCCUGGAGGCCUACUGGCUGCUCGCCGCGAAGCGCUUCGUGGACAACGUCUGCAUGGCCCUGGACAAGAAGAUUAUGGGCGCCGUGGCCCACAAGAUGCAGGAGGAGUGCUACAAGUUCGUCCACGACGACGCGAAGCUGGGGAGGUUUUUCGAGGAGGACGCGAAGCUCGUGCUCAGGAAGGAGGAGCUCAUGGAGAAGCGGGACCGACUAAGCAAGGCUAAUGCCGCAAUGGCGAACAUACAGGUCCGCAAGAGCAGCACUCAGCAGGUAAGGGUAACGGUAACGGCGGGGCCGAUGGGGCUUGGGCUCAGCCUCGCGGAGGAAGGGAGCCGCUGCGUCGUGAAGGGGUUCCGACCCAUGCCAGAUGGGCAACCCAACCCCGGCCAGGAGGCGGGAGUCCAGUUGGGGGACACGUUGGAGCAGCUGGACGGGGUCCACUUAGGCUCUUUCCAGGAUGCCAUCGAGAGACUCAAGCAGCGAAGGGGCACUGUGGUUCUCACCCUCUUGCGGCAAAAAGCCUAGUUGUGGACCGGUAGUUUUUUGUCUUCGUGUACGGCUGGUGUGUCAAGUCAUCUUUGUUCCAAGACACGUUUCUUUUUUGGCGACGGCGGUGGGAGCUAAGCCGAGAAGAGGUAGAUGAUACCAAGAUUUUUUGUCUAAAUGCUGCUUGGCCCACCGACGUGGCUUGAAACCUCACCUUCCAGCAUUCUUGUAGGAAAUGGAAACGCUGGGCGCUGAUUAUUAUUUAUUAUGAGUAGGUCAAAACUCGUUAUCCCCGUCCUUUGUUUGGCGUAACACUUUAUUUGCCUCGGUAGCAUGACCAACUGGAUUGAAGUAUGUUUUUUCCAAGCACUGGAAGGCUAACAAGAAUUGGAUGUGACUGCUUCAGAUUCAACUUGCUGUAUUUGAUCGGUGCCCAAGGCCUGUAGUGUUGCUUGGUUCAGUUCGGACUCCGAUUACACACCCGUGUGAGGGGUGUGGGUCGGAUCAGGCGUGGAAGGAAAGGAGUUGGGGUUCCCGAUCCGGCCCGUCUUGGCGAAUCAGAUCACGCUCUGGUUUGAGUUGGGAAGCUGUGUGAGGCCCUGUUAGGUUUGUCUAACGAGACUAUGUGUCGUAC